UCUAUCCCAUGAUGGAAAAACAACACUCAUAGCUUUUUCACCGAGGAGGACGCCCUUGAUCUCAACAUGGAUCAUCCCAUAGCUGAGUCAUAUAGGCUAUUGUUACAAUUGGAGGAGCGCGGAAAAAUAGACAACGUGACCCAAAUGCGAAUGUCACACGAAGUCGCUCCGACGCAACUUCUGACUUUUAUCACAGAUAUCACCACAACCAAAUAUGCCUCAGAAACAUGAUGAAUGCCAAGUAAUAUUGGCCCUUCAAGCUAUGCAAAAUGACAAAAAACUGAGCGCUCGAGCAGCUGGCAAGAUCUAUCAUGUGGAUCAUGAGAAGCUUAGUCGCUGCCGGCGUGGCAUGCAAACACGAUGCAAUAUAUCAGCCAAUUCACAGAGGCUCACUGAUUUAGAGGAAUCAACGAUUGUUGAGGUACAACUAAAGGAGGAAACAUGCAAUGGGGCUGGUCGGCGACUGCGGACCGAGACACGCGCGGCGCUGUGGCAAUUGUGGAAAGGCCAGACACAAUGCACGUUCCUGUCAGAUAGUAGUAGAGAUGUCUGAGGAAGGCGAUUCUGAGUAGUUUAAAUGGAAUUUAUGUGCAUUGGUGGAAAUGUUGGGGUUAAAGUCGCGGCGGAGCGACUUCAUGUGACAUUCGCAUGUGAAGCACGUUAUUUGGUGUACCCAGUUUCUCAAAGUCGUGUUUCACCGUCUUCUGGGACAGACAGUGGCCUGGAGGAGCCUGCGUCCUCUCACUGUCUUCUCUCUUGUAAACUCUCAA